AUGUCGAGCGAAGAAGCAGUCAGCGCGGUCGCAUCGGCGCCCAAAUCUCUGGGCCUUCGCAGGAACGGAAAGCAAUGGCAUGAGCCCAAGAAGGCGUUUCGGCCUGCGUCUGGCCUCACCUCGUUCGCUCAGCGAUCCAAGGAGCGCAUUGCCAGAGCAACGAUGAAGGCAAAGGAGAAGGAGUUGAAGGACGAAAAGGAGGCAGAGAGACAGGUGCGCAUAAAAGCCAUUCGCGAUAAGAAGGCCGCCAAGGAGGAGAAGGAGCGGUACGAGAAGCUGGCCGAGAAGAUGCACAAGAAGCGGGUCGAGCGCCUGAAGCGCAAAGAGAAGCGCAACAAGCUUCUGCACACUUGA